AUUAUCCAAAAUUUUAAGAAGGUUCUGAAAAUUCAUCCAAGACUAAAAUAAUUAAGAAAAAUGGUCGUUUUUUAAGGGAUUAAUUUUAGAAAAUUUUAAUGGGGGUUAAAGGACCCUUGGAAUGAGGUGCAAGGACUGGAGUUUGAGGAGAGGAUGUUCUAGUGAUUCAAAAUGGGGUUUUAAAUCAAGAAAGGUCGUCUAAGAAAAUGGAUUCUUAUUAAUAGGUUUCCCCAAGAUAAUCCGGCUAAGGAGGGCUUUCUUCGAGGAAGGAAUUGAGGAGUCAUCUUUUCGAGGUGAGUGUAAAGGGGGUAAAAUCUCUGUCGAGGUCUUUUAGUUCAUGUCUUUUAAUUCAGUUAUUAUUUAGUUAAUUUUCUACUAUGCGUGAUAUGUGUGUGAGGCAUCCCACCGCCUAUAAGGGUGGGGGCACGCGUUGUGCUAUGUAUGAAUGUAUGUGAUGUUGUAUGGUUGAUGGUAUGAGGAACCCCCAGGCGGUUGGGCCACUACUGGACGCGGUAGAUGGUCGGAUCACUGCUGGACGGCGAAACGUAACGCAACAGUUGAUCGAGUAUGUUGUGGUCACUACUGGACGGCGAGACGUAACGCAGUAGUUGACGGGCAUGGACUGGACGGCGAGACGUAACGCAGUUCCAUUGCCGAGUUUGGGUAUGCAACCGGACGGCGAGACGUAACGCGAUUGACAUACUAGGGUAGGACACCGGACGACGAGACGUAACACGGUGGUCCUAGUGUUUUGUGUUCAGAUACGGAUAGAGGGAGAUAAGGAUAGAGGUCGAGAACUUUUAUGAGUUAAUGUUGAAAUGAGUUGAUAAGAAUGGUUAUUUAAGAGCAGAAAGCGAGAACGACUUUCAUGCUAGGAAGGCAUUCCCCUAAUAAUGUGUUUAGUAAGGAGUUUGCCUAGGGCAAAUACCUUAGGGAGUAACGACGAGACUGGCCCCUUCUCACUCACCAGGUGCAUAGAGGGGAAGAGGACGCAUCCAUCAUGAGGAGAUUACCCGAGGAGAGCAGUCGCGGCUAACCUGAAGAUGUCAACUGGAUCUGGGUAACGAGAUGGGACCUCCCAUUAUAUCUGUCUUUAGUUUCAUGUCUUAAUGAGUAUAGUGGGAAACUCAAGGAUUGUGUUUUAUGUUUUGUUGCUCUGGAUUGAGGUCGCCCAAGUGUUUAGAGCAUUUCAUUUGAAAAUCUUAAACAUUGUGGUUGUUGUCUUUGGUUUUGACUUGUAAACCUGGUUUGGGUUGCUCCGGAGUAACCGGUUUGUGGUUUGAGUUGUGGUUUGGUUUUCAAAAAGAGCGGGUCGUGUCAUUUUGGUAUCAGAGCCGACAUUCUUCUGUUUCUUGGUCUCCAAGGAAUACUGGCGUGACGAUCUGGGUUUUCAAAGGUUUAGUUUUAAAGAAAAAAGGGGGAACUUUCAAGAAAAAUGGUUGGCCAACCCAUGUGAAAAGGUUUAUAGAGUCCCCAGACCCCAGUAUACUCAAGCAUGAUAAGACAUUAAGGUGGUUCUAAUCAGGGUACUACUUACUUGCAGAGCAAGUAACACCAAUGUUAACCGCGCGGCAGUUAGGCAACCCCCGAAUUAUGAGGCUUUCCGGAAGUGAGGUGUGGUUGAUUUUGAUGGGGACCGCUCGAAGGAUGCUAGUGAAGUAGAGAAAUGGUUGGCGAAGGUCUCGCGCACAUUGACUGAAAUGAGGGCAGAUGAUGAGGAUCGGGUGCUACUGAAAGUAUCCCUGUUCCAUGGGCUCCCCCACAACGCUAGUAGAUUACCACUAGGAAAUGGUAGUCUCCUUUGGGAAAUUUUUUAAUUUUUCCUGCUUUGUAUUCAGCCAGUCCUUCCCUCAACUUUUGAGAUACAAAACCUGACCAGUUAUACCUUCGUUUGUUGAUAGGGUCGCCAACCAAACAUUCUGAAUUUUUUUUUUACAUCCACCAUGUCAUUGCUUGUUGGAGCAAGCAGCGUCCCUAUCGGAUACAGGCAGAACAAAUUCACGAACCUCCUAGGGUCCGUACAAGAUAGCAAACAUCCUUUUAUAUCGGACAAAUAAACAGAACCACCACUACUACCACUCAAAUCUAAAUCACUCAACAACAAUCUUAGUCUAUCUUUGUGGCAUUCCUUACCCGUGACCUCUAUCUCACCUUUUGGAAACUGAUAAACCCUAUGCACGUCUUCCUCGCCAAAUCCCAAUAGCUUACCUUCCCCCAAGUCGAAAAUUCCACUGGAUGGAUCGUACAACAUGAUGAGAUAUGAAACAAUGUCGUGGUCGACCACACUAAUUGCCACCUCAAGGAUUCCGCUCAGGCCGGCCCUAUCCAGUUGGCUAUUGAUACCUGCUAGAUUAGCUCCUUUCUUGUAGAGUUGCGCUCGUAUUUUUUGUAUACCAUUGGUUCUGCAGCGAAACUGGAACUUUUCCGUCUCUUUGCUUAUAUUCUCCCUAUCGACUUUCUUGCCCGAUUCAAUCUUUUCUCGCUUCCCUGAUCUUGCAAUUUGUUUGCGUCAGUGCUGCGUAUUUUCCUUCGCUUCCUCAUAUCUGGAGAUCUCGACCGGCUCCUACUAUCCGCUUCAUCGUUCUUCCUUUUCUUUGACACUGUCUUGUUGACCUUGUGAUUCCGCGUUUUCAACUUCGGCAUGAAUGGAUAGUAUUUUGUAUUUAGAGAUCUUUGCUGUUUCGUUUUGCUCGGCUGUCGAUUUAGAAUAGGCGGAGGCCAGAGAAAUUUUCGUGAUUGUUUGAAUAUGGUUUGUCGGAAGAUAUGAAGUCUUUCAUCGAGUUAGGGAUUUUGAAUUUGUGUUUAUCAGGAGUAAACGUGAGAGUACAGUAAAUUAAAUGGGCCUGUGUUUGAACCUAAAGUCCAAUUGCAAAGGAUGGUCCACUUCUUUUUUCUAUUAAUUUGGUAAUCUACUGUUUGGCUGGAUACUGGACUGGACUAGCACCAUGGGCCAACCAAUUAAUCGGAUCUGGACUUUACAGUAGUAGUAUUUAUAAAAAAAUUCAGGUAUAUCUAAAAUGUAAAAAUCCAUUUUGUUUAGGCAAAAUACACUUAUAUAUUCAUAACUUUCACGUUUGUGACAAAUAUAUCCAUAACUAUCGAAAUACACGAAAUACCCAGAAAAGCGUACUAUUGUGCGACAAAUCCAUCAAUUUCUGUUACAAACUUUAACGUCGUUUGUUACGACGUCAGUAAAUGUGACGAAACGCUGACGAUGACCAUACCCAUCCCACACCUAAGCUCUAGGUCAGCAAAAUCUGACAUGUGGACGCCAUGUCAGCAAUAAAAAAUAAAAACAAUUCUCUCAGUCACAUUGAUUUCUUCUGUCUCCCGUGGCGAUCUAAAAAAAAACCCAUCUUUAGAAAACGCCGACGACAAAGAAGAAUAAUCAGGUAAUAAUAGUUCUGGAACCUAAUCAAAUCAGAUCCCCAUUACUCCUCCUAAACCUAAUAAUCAGAUCCCCCAUUACUCCUCCUAAACCUAAUAAUAGUUAUGGAAAGAAACUUGAAUCUCGAAAAACUGAAAUCAAAUCAACCAAAGAAAAAUAGAAGGAGAGAGGAUGAGUAUUUGGGUAAAAAAAUGUACUGGACGAAUUGCGUCCCUGUGCUUCUGAGCUUUCCCGUCGCAAACCAGAUCCUUCCCCCUGCUGCCCGUACCCAACCUCGAAUAGUAGCAUUCAACAUCAAACAAGAGGACGAAAUGGGGAAAUUGGGUUCUGGGGAUUUUGAGAAGAAGUUGGCUCUUCCCCUGCCAACUGCUACCACUGAGAAGAAGCUUAUUAUGGAAAAGAGAUCUGGAUCCGCAACCGCCAGCGGAAGCUCUUCACCACAUCAAUUUCGAGCAUCUAUUGAACUUCAAAACCAUGGGUCUGGACUUUGAUUGCUUGUACGAUUUGACGGGGCAGAGAAAGAAGAAUUAGAAAUGGUUUCGGGGGCGAUCUGCUUCCUGGGAAUUUCAUAGGUGAUACUUGCUGCCAGAUUCCCGAUGUCGCCUAGAGCUCGCCUGGCGGGUUGACCGGCAGUUAUGGAUCCGGGUUGAAGGUUGGGAGAGAGAUUGAUGGGGGAUUCAAAGAAGAAGUGGGAGAUCGGAGGUUGGGACUGAGAUGCAGAGAAGAAGGAGGGUAAAUCAGAGGUUGGAAGAGAGAUUGAUGGGGAGAUUCAAAGAAGAAGGGAGAAGAUGGGAAGGCGUUCUUCCGGGAGGAGUAGCGGCGGGGAACGGAAGAAAAGGGUUUAGUCCCGUCUCUUUCUGUUUUUUUUUUUGUAUUUUAAUUUUUGUUAUUUUUGUUUCUUUAUAAUCCACGUCAUUUGGUGGGGUAAAUCAAUCGCCAACUCAGCUUCUACCGUUAGUCUAGUUAUACCGUCAACUGACGCCGUUAACAAAAUGGACGGAAUUGGUUAUUUUGUGUUUUCGAAUAGUUAUGGAUAUAUUUGUCACAAGUGUGAAAGUUAUGGCUAUACAAGUGUAUUUUGCCUUUUGUUUAUUUUGUUUCUUUCACAUGGUUUUUAAUCUCAUACUAAAACAAUAUUUAAAUUUUUUGGACGUGUCAUACUAGAAUAGUUCCUUUAACUUUUUCUUCUUAACUAUCCAUUGAUGAUGAAUGUUUAAUGUUCUUAAUGAUAAUCAUAUUCAUUAUACAUAAAUAUCAUAUUCUUGCCAUAAAUAUAAUAUUUUAUCAUUUCGAAUACAUAUUUACUGAGUACAUAUGCCUUAAUGGAAAUUAAUAAAGUGCUUGAUAGCAACAAAAAAAAAAAUCAAACGUUCUAGAUACGUCACACUUCCAAUGUUUAGAUGGGAGUGCUAUGUAUCUGCAAAAACUUAUCCAAAAGAAACAAACAAUCACUUAGGAUAACAUAUAGCAUACAUAGCAACUAAUGCUAAACACAUCGUGGAUAAUUGAACCUGGAACAUUUAACCUAUAAAAUACUAAUAGAUAAAGACAGUGCUUUUUUUAGAGCAAGGGUUCUGGUAAUCGAUAAUUAGAACAACUAGGCACCGCUUCUUCCACACCAUUCACGACCCUCUGGUUCAUCAUCCUUGGUAGAGGCCCAUAGCCCGUACCCUGCUUCCCUAUCUUCUUCGUCAGACAACAUUUUAGCGGUCAUGUUCCAUGGGUGAGCUUUUACAAUUUUCCUAUUUCUCACGUCGCCCAAGCAUUCAAAGUAGCCGCACCCGGGUUCGAAGAGUUUUGGAUGAGCAGUCUGCACGUACAAAUGUAGUUGGUAUGUUACUUACAAAAAUAAACAAAAUGUAAGAGCAUCGUGGGGAAAGCUAGUACCUCGUAAUAAUUCCAGUAGCACCCAAAGUAAAGCGGGCAACCGUCAGUGGUGUUUGGCAACUUACACCCACUCGCUCGCAGGCCGCAAAAACAUAUGAUGUCGGGAUCGUCAUUGUAGCUGAAGGCAUCGCACUCUCGGCCAAGAAGUGGAAUCAAGGGGGCGUUGGGAAAGUAAGUAAUGGGAUACAUUGGUGAGGGAAGGAUGAUCCCGUUAUGUGAAGGAAAGCUUUUGUGGAUAAAAGUGUAAGCGUUUG